UCAGCGGCAGCUCGUAGACGAAAAGUCUUAAAGGUGCAGAAGUAAAGUCGCCUCAUGACAUCUAAUGGCCCGGAGGACACGGGGGACAUAAAACCGCUUUAUUCACCUUCGGAAGAGUCAGUUUAACUUUAAUUUUUUUCAUCUGGUUCAGCUUUGUUUUUCCCCUCCAAAGCAACAAGUGGCAGCAACGCCCCGGGCUGGAAUCAAGCUCUCACUAUGUCUGAUGGAGAAUAUGAUUACCUCAUCAAGUUCUUAGCCCUGGGCGACUCUGGUGUGGGAAAGACCAGUUUUCUCUACCAGUACACUGAUGGCAAAUUUAACUCUAAGUUCAUCACCACUGUCGGAAUUGACUUCAGAGAAAGACGAGUGACAUACAAUUCCACCGGUCCUGAUGGCUCAUCAGGUCGAAAACAAAAGAUCCACAUGCAGCUGUGGGACACGGCAGGACAGGAGAGGUUUCGGAGUUUGACCACUGCCUUCUUUAGGGAUGCGAUGGGUUUCCUCCUGCUGUUUGACCUCACCAAUGAACAAAGUUUCCUCAAUGUCCGAAACUGGAUGAGCCAGUUACAGGUUCAUGCUUACUGCGAAAAUCCAGACGUGAUUCUGUGUGGCAACAAAUGUGACCUGUCUGAACAGAGAGCCGUGAGGGAGGAUGAAGCCCGAGACCUGGCAGAGAAGUACGGAAUCCCUUACUUUGAGACCAGUGCGGCAAACGGCCUGAACGUCACUGAGGCGGUGGACGUCCUGCUCGACCUUAUCAUGAAGAGGAUGGAACGAUGCGUGGACAAGUCCUGGAUCCCCGACGGCACUUUCAGAACGAAUGGAACCAACACUGCAGACUUGGCAGAGAGCUCCAACAGUACCAAAUGUGCAUGUUAAGAGUGUGGACAAAUAGGAAUGUCUGUUUUAGGCUUCACAUGCAAAUGAUACACCAUUAAUAACAUGCUGUGUUGUAUGUCACUAUGUGCCUUUGUAAUAAUAGUUGGACUUUUGUGACUUUAUUGCUUGGGGUGGGAAUAUUUAUUUACCUUAAUGCUAAAAGGUCCAGUCAUGAACAUUAACACAGUUUCAUUAUGCAACAAAGUAUGUUGCCAUAAAUAUGUGGGUGAUCGUAUUAAUUACUAAAACGUUAUUAGUAUUUCCUGCAGAUGUACUCAAUUAUAUUGCUGCAUUUAAUUCCAUCCAUCCAUCCAUCCAUUUGAACCGCUUAUUCCAUUUGGAGUCACGGGGGGCGCUGGAGCCUAUCUCAGCUACAAUCGGGCGGAAGGCGGGUUACACCCUGGACAAGUCGCUAGCAUUUAAUUCCAAUGCUGCAAUAUUCAUUUUCACAGCCAAAAAGUAUUCUUGACUAAAUGAUGAAAACACGUGGCAAGUUUUUUUACGCUUCAAUAAAUACAGUUAGUGUUCAAUUAAAUAAAUUGAUUGACAUUGAUAAGAUAACAUAACAUCAGUCAUAAACUGUAUGUGCUAAUUGAUUAUUUGGCAGAAUAUUCCACAACAAUAAACAGCAAUUGUGUGCAUUUUAAGUAAUAAAGAACAACUGUGCUAUAUUGGUCACAAAAUAAGAGAAUCCAUUCAUCCAUCCAUUUCCUACCGCUUGUCCCUUUUGAGGUCGCGGGGGGUGCUGGAAUCUAUCUCGGCUACAUUCAGGCGGAAGGCUGGGUACACACUGGACAAGUCGCCACCUCAUCACAGGGCCAACACAAUCCAUAUCAUUUAAUUGUUUAACAUUUUUAUUUACAUUCUGAUUGAAAAUAAUGUUAUAAUAAAAAUAUUUGAAUGAGAAAAAUUGUCAUUGAGAAGUUAAUGCUUCAAAUACUUCUCAUCUGUUUCUGUAGUCUGGUUUAUCAUUUGCAGGAGUUAUAUUUACAUUCACCAUGUAGUUAAACACUGAAAUGCAAUUGUUGUCCAAAAGUUUUCAUUUGAAAGUCUAUUAACUGUUACUUUGAUACUGUAUGUAUUACAACUAGCAGAAAAUAUAUGUUUCCUCAAAACAAUAUUUCAGUCAACUAAUUCAGCAAAUACUGUAGACAUUUGGAAUUGAUCUGUUGAAUAAAUCACAAUUUGUUCCAUACACUUGAAAAAAAUAUGUUAUUUUAUUUAAAUAAACAUUUUAAUUUAUUUGUAAUGCA